CGGUGGGGAAGGACAGGCGGCAAACACCGAGAAGGGAUGGGAUGCGGAGGUGGAUUUCUUGAUGUCAGUGGGAGAGAUUCAAAACUCUUUUCAUUUCUUGUUUCGCUGGGAAAGAGCGUUUUUCUGAGUAAUGCUUAGACCCUAUGAAUCACCAUCUGCAUAACUUUAUAUGGGGGAUGCUAUUCUCAGCAUCUUACUGGAACUAUGCAAACUAUUAAUGUUUGUGUCUGUUUGUACACGCAAUGUGCAAAUCUCUUUCCCCGGAAAGAAUAUUUUGGAGUAGGUCAAAGGAGGAGACGGGACAGAACGAAAUGUAAGGGUGGCUUGGCGAGUGGAAAUGGGUGUUUGGUAGCCCCUCCGUGGAAACCUGUGCUGGAAAUGGUCACCAGGAGACCUCAUGUGUGAGAUGUGGAGUGCCCUGGGAGUGGGGUCAGGGCCAGGCUUGGGGAGCAGGGGUUUGGGUGCUGCCCUGGCCUCACACCUCUGCUCCUGCCCCUGCUCCUUCGGCCUCUUCUUCCAAGUGGUUGAUGGGCUGAGAAAAACAUCACAUAUCUUUUAAAGAGGUCCAGGAGAGCCAUGCCAGCCAGAGAGGGGGAUUGGCAAGAGGACAGUGGGAUGGCAAUGUCACCCAGCACAGAGGAGCCACCCCUGCUGCUGGAGCAUGUGCGGGGUAGGCUGGAGGAGCUCUUAGCGUUGCUCUCUGCGCUGCGCUGCUUUUGUCAAAAGAGAAGAAUUUAUUCUCUCAGGCUGUCAAUCUGUCACCUCCCAGAGGCUCUCCGCCUCCCCCUCACUGCCGCUGCUCCCAGAUGUGCACAGUGCUAAGGGCUGCAAAAUUCCCAGUGCCUGAGCUGGGGAAUCACAGCAUCUCCCAGACCUCACCAGGCUGGCCCCAAAAUGAGAACACUGUUGGCUGCAGGAGCUGAACAUUUCAAUUCUUGGUGCUGUUUCAAGCCAGGCUUUCAGUUUGGAGCUACCUGAUUUCCAUGCAGUUGGAUCGAGAGCUUUGCUGUAGGUUUUUGGGGUUGUAGCAUGCUUUUUUUUCAAAUCAUAUUGGCUGAAAAUUUUCCAGGUAAAUGUGGUGCUCUCAAAAGGAGCUGGAUUCACGGGUCAGUAGGGUCCUUGCGCUCUCCUGAGCAUCUAUGGCUGCAAGGCAGCAUGAGCCCAGCUCGCCUGCUGGUUCCUGCUUGUGUUCGGUGGUGAGUUGGAGGAUGCUGAUCCCUAUUAGCAUCAGCUGGCAUUUCUAACCGGUCUCUAACAGUCCCUUUUCUGUCUCAUCUCAGACUUGGGCUCCUGACCUCAGGAUGAGAACUGGAGCAUGUUGUCAAGGCUCCCAGUCCUGCAGCCUUCCUGGAGGCUUCCUGAAUCCCACUUCUCAUCAGAUUUCUUCAUUAAACAUAGAUUAGAUCAAAUGAUGUUUCUUUCACUAUGAAGUAAUUUGGCUUUCCAUUUAGUGGGCCCAUCUGAUAAAUAAAGGCUUGAAGUAAUGUAAUUUCACCUGUCCUUGAUCACACCAAGUCUGUGCUGGAAUUCUGAGCCCUCCUUAGCUCUGGCUUGGCACUUCCAGAUCUCGAGGUACAAUUUGAGUCCCCGCUAUAGGUGGAAACAAAGCCCUGCCUGGAGGAAUGGAGACCAAAGCCACCAGAUUAAUUUCAUUUUCUGACAUACAGGCAAAGUGAUGAAGGCAGAGAUUGGAGGACGUGGGCUCUCUCUUAUGCCUUGUCUCACUCUUCUCUCGUCCUAAAAUCUCCUCAAAAAGGAUGGCAGCUGCCUCUUUCCGCUACGGCAUGACCAUCACGGGGGCUGUGCUGCUGGUGACAGGAACGCUGUGUUUUGCCUGGUGGAGCGAUGGGGAAGUGGGCUCCACAGCCAACAGUGGAGCUCGCCUUCUGCCUCCCCAGGAAGCCAAGGUGGUUCCCAGCUCCUCCUCCAAUGCCCUGCUCCGCUCCGUCAGCUUCUUCUGCUGUGGCAUUGGUGGCAUCCUCCUCCUCUUCGGGCUCCUCUGGUCUGUGAAAGCCAAUGCCAGGGUGGUCUCCCGCCGCUACCAGUACCAUUUCCCCAGGGACCUGCAGUACUUCACCGCGGAGCCUCUGGAGAAGUGGAACUGCAGUACCUGGGAUGCCAGCACCAUCCCCACCUAUGAAGAAGCCCUGACCUGUAGACCUGCACACGGUGCCCCAGCCUACAUCCAUCCUCCAGGGAGGAAGGAGGAGCUCACGCCACCCCUGUACCGCUACCUGGAUGAGGACCAAAGCUGGCAGGGUGGUCGCCGGCGCAGCUCCUCCGACAGCGCCUUGUUCCGCCCCAGCCCAUCCUGGCUGGAGACACAACACCCUGGAGAGCCACAGGCAACGCCUCCCCCCAGCUACGAGAACAUCAGUGUCCGGGGGGUCUGAGCUGGUGGUGGGAAGGGGCUGGGACUCUGCGGGUGGCUGCCCAGUCCCUCAGCUUUAAACUUCCAUUGCUGGGGUGAGAGCAGACUGGGCGAGAAGUGGGAGGGGUCCAUCUGGCUUUCUGAGCGAUCUGCUUGGGCAGUUGGGUUUGUGGGUCCCGUGGGAGAUGCCUUUGGAGCGGCAGGGGUAACUGGCAUGUUUGAAAACCUUUGUAUUUUUAAUAAAACCACUCCUGGCUGCAGAUGCUUUGCAUUCCCUGCUCUGACCAA